AUUUAUAUACCACAAGCGGUAACCCCGAGCUACACUCGGACUUACCAUGCGGCGCUGCUCUGGGGGUCCCUGCAGCACUUACCUUGUCCUUCGUUCCCACGAUGUGUCCCCUGCAGCGUCCCCGGCCAUCUCCUCCGGCCGAUGCCGGCAUCCGGCUUCUGUGUUCCAGUCCCCGUGACGUCGGGACGUACGGGCGCCGCCGGCGGCGGGAAAUUUAAAAAAUAUCAUUUUUUUUUUUUUCAAUUUUAAAUAUGCUUUGCCCUGUGCCCUGCCUGCAUUUUGUCUGUUCUUUCUG